UUUUAAGUAAACUGCUUGUGCUUACUGCUUAGGGCUCACCGAUCUCCUGCAACUGUUCUCUGAAUCCAAUCGCAGCUCUCUCUUUGAUCGUCCCUCGCCUUCAAUUUCGUUCACGGCUCUCAAUUUCAUCGAGGGUUUUACGCUCGGAGGUGGAGAGAUGGACGGUAGCGGAAAUCGCCUUCUCCCAGCUGAUGCUUUUCCAUUGUUCCAGGAAGGUAUCGGGUUGGUUUUAUCUCGUUGGUCAGCUCUUCAGUUGGCGGUGGACAAUGAGUGGGGUGGUCGCGACUCUCGUCGUAAAGUUGAACUAUUGUGCUCUGAUAUUUUCACAUGGUUUACUCAGAACAAAGAGACACUAUAUAUCGAUGACUUAGAAAUGAUUCUUGAUGAAACUAUGCUUUCGUUGAACACUCAGGUUGAUGAUGGUAGCAUUGAGGAGGUAGCUGAAAAAUUGAUUUUCAUGCAUGAGGAGUGUGUGGAUGGUAACUUUAGCUCUAUCGAAAGGUUAAGACAAUCCCCUCUUCCACGAGGUGCUCAUUCUCAUGUUAGUCAGGCUAUGAGUGAUGAUGAAGAAGAAGAAGAAGAAGAUGAUGAUGAUGAUGGUGGAAAUGGAGGCGAUGGAAUGAGAAAUGAUAUGAUGGUGGAUGCCAUACAACAACAACAACAACCCAGGGCUGUCAAUCAGCCCCGGCGUCCAGAGGCCUCAGCUCCAGCUGAAGAUGGAUGGGUUCAAGUCACAUCAAGAAGAAGUAGUAGGGGUACAAGAAAUUAGUCCCAACCUCUCUCAAAUUAAUCCAUUUUACUGCCCACUACCCAUCAAUUUUGUUUGGUGUGAAGAUAUAUAUAUAUAACAUAUUAGAAUUCAGCUUGUGUUUUUGGAGAUAUCACAGGAGUAUGCCAUUGUUUUCGAUUAUCGUUUUGU